CUUCCCAAGUCCACCUGCCCCUCCUCUUCGCGUGCGGAAACGAAGAAUUUCCAGAGCUCCGCACCGCACUGGAAUUGGCAGCCAGCCUCGCUUCGCGGCGAGAGGCGGCGGUGGACGGUCGGAGAUGUACCCGAUGGCGGCGGGCCCGCCGCCGGCGCGGCUGCCGGCGGCGUCGCGGGUGGACAAGGCCACGAGCCACCUGCUGCAGGGGCCUGACUGGGCCGUCAACCUCGAAAUCUGCGACACCCUCAACGCUGACCGCUGGCAAACCAAGGAUGUGGUAAAAGCAGUGAAGAAGCGAUUGCAGAAUAAGGACCCAAAAGUACAAUUUUUUACUUUGACGUUGUUGGAGACAAUGAUGAAGAACUGUGGUGAAUACGUUCGUUUUGAAGUUGUUGAGCAGCAUGUUUUACAAGAAAUGGUCAAAAUUGUCCAGAAGAGGGAAAUAUUGAUUUUCGGAAUAUCCUUUCAGCACGAUAUGCAAGUGAGAGAUAAGGCAUUACUACUUCUGGAUUCAUGGCAAGAGGCAUUUGGUGGACCUGGAGGCAAAUAUCCACAGUAUUACUGGGCAUACGUUGAACUAAAGAGGUCAGGAGUAAUGUUCCCACGACGUCCUGUAGAUGCUCCUCCAAUAUUUACUCCUCCUGCAACACAUCAUUCUCAGGCCUAUGGUUCACCUAGAUAUCCUACUGGAAGUCUAAAUGAGAGAAUGUCAUCUGAUGUUGAAACAUUGAGUUUGGAGGGCUUGAAUAAUAUUAGAAAUGCAACAGAACUACUGUGUGAUAUGGUGAACGCUUUGAAUCCUGCUGAUCGCAUGGCUGUUAAAGAUGAAAUAAUUACAGAUCUUGUACGCCAAUGUUGCUCAAAUCAAGAAAAGCUCAUGCGGUUUGUCAGUUCCACAGGGGAUGAGGAACUACUAAAGCAAGGCCUAGAAAUAAAUGAUCGCAUACAGAGUGUACUCGCAAAACAUGAUACCAUUGCUUCUGGUUCUCCGUUACCAGUUGAAACACCAAGUAGAGAAGACAUACGCAGAGAGGAUCCAACUCCACAGCCAUCUGCGCCUGCAACUGCACAUACCAAGGCUCCUGAUGAAGAGGAUGAAGAUGAUGAGUUCGCUCAGAUAGCUAAAAGAAAAAACAAAUCUGUGGUAAGCAGCUAUGAGGCAUCAUCCAGUGCUGGUGAUCAGGCUCUUGUACCUGUUGAUCCAGUACUUUCUGUAGUCUCAUCUUCCGUCGCGAGCAAUGCACUGGUUCCUCUUGACUCAACUCCUGUUAGUGGUACUAGGACCAAAGAGCAGGACAUGAUUGACCUUCUCAGCCUCACCUUAUACAGUCCUCCUGAAGAAUCUGCAGAUUCUUCAACACAGAACCAAAAUGGAACUCAGCAGAGUGUCAUGUCAAAUGGGCCAGAAGUACUGCCGAACUAUCAGCCUACUGCGGCGAAUGGGGCAAAUUACCCUUCCAACAACCAAGCUUAUCCAACAAAUAAGGGAUAUGCUCCGUACAACAACUAUGUUGCACCUUGGGCCCAAACUGGACAGGGUGCACAGCCUGUAGCAUACCCAACUCAACCCCCACAAUAUGGAUCUAGCUAUCCGGCACCGCCAUGGGCUAUGCCUGCAAGUGCCAACUCAACUAACCCUUUUCAUCCUGCAACAUAUCAAAUGCCAAACCCUCAUGUUGCUUCUGUUGCCCCUACAACAUAUCCAACUCAACUAAUCCAGCCUGCAAUAUAUCCAGCUCCAUCACAAUCGUAUGCUGCUCCGUUGAUACAACAUGUAUCAUCUCCAGCCCCCAAGCCGAUGCAAAAGUACAAUUCCUUUGGUUCUCAAACGAGCAAUGGCCCGAGCAUGGCUUCAGAUGCUCGGAUGAAUGGGAAUCAACAGCCAAAAGAAACUUCGGCGGCGGUAACCAGACCGUAUUACAUACCCGACAAUUUAUUUGGUGAUUUGAUUGACUCGAAGAGUUUUGGUGGAAGCAAGAUGAAUAGAUCGACCAGCAUUCCCAGUCCGAAGGGUGCUGGUCAGCCUAUGAUUGGUGGAAAGAAAUAGGUCUCCCAAGCCCAAAUUUAGAUGGCCAUAAUUUACUUGGUACUGUCAUUUGGCUUGAUGUAAAUUUGCUAUAUAUCCGUUCAGUUCGCCUGUUGGUUACAUUGGUUAAUUUCGGCGUUGCCGCGUGUGUAUUUUAGUAGAGAUGGUAGAGCGUCACUGCUAAGGAUCACCAAUGACAUUCUCGUGAGGGUGGCUUGUUAAUAGAACAUAACCAUUGACUGUUUCUUCCC